AUGGCAGCCCGGUGUGUAGCAAGAAGCUGUCCGCGGCUGUCAACCUCAACUUCUCCGUCUGCUGCACAAGCCUUCAUGCAGCUUGCCCCGCGCAGACAUCUAUACAACGCCCCUCCGGUCCUCGAUUUCCUCAUUCCAAAUGUUCUCUUAGCAGCACUUCACCAUGGCUGGGCUACGAAGACUGUAUCCAAGGGCCGUCCUCCACAGAACCGUGCCUUCACAUCCUCUACAAGACACCAACAAACGACUGCUAUCUUCAAUCCACGCAAAGAUGAUGAUGGCAACGACAUGAACAUAGAGAUUACGCCUAGAGCUGCGAAUCGCCUGAAAGAGAUUAUGAACAAAGAUUCCAAUAGCAAUCUAGCACUGCGGAUUACGGUCGAAAGUGGUGGAUGUCACGGCUUUCAAUACCUCAUGUCUCUUACCACAUUACCUUCCCCACUUCAACUCAGCAAUUCGGUAGAAGAAGAAGCAACUCUAGCUUUGAAUACGUCCUCAAGCGACCCAAAUGCCAUGCCAUCAGGCUCGCCAGGACCUGAUACUCGAAGCAAACAUACCAAGGACGAGAAGGACGCGAAGCUUGGCGAAGAUGAUAUCGUGUUUGAGGCCGAUGGUGCUAUGGUUGUGAUGGACCAGCCUAGUCUGGAGUUGCUGAAGGAUAGCAAGGUAGAUUUCACCAUGGAGCUGAUCGGAAGUCAGUUUAAGAUUGUGGAUAAUCCCUUGGCUACUAGCAGUUGUGGAUGUGGAACAAGCUUCGAUAUUAAGAUAUGA